AUGGAGCAAUGGGUGCUCCUAGACAAACAAAGACGUGAUGAUUCGAUCCAAGAUACUAUGCAAAAUCAGAGGGACAUUGAUUGUCUUCGAUAUCAACUCAAUCAUUUGUGCAGAUCUUGUAUUUGGGGUUUUUCGGACUUCAAUGCUCCUCCACGUGAUGACUAA